CACAACAACUGAACGCGAUUAUUAGUUUGAAACUUUGAAUUCUUAGUGUAUUCCUUGAAAACAAAGUUGAUUCUUAAUUUUAACAAGAACGAUUAUGUCUGUUUCAGCAGCAGCAAUAUCACUGGUUACUCCAACUCUUAAUUCAUCUUCUGAUUUCUCUCGGCGUUCAGCAAAUUAUCAUCCCAGCAUUUGGGGAGAUCGUUUUAUUCAAUAUAUUGAGGAGCCUACGGAAGUCGAUGAAACUAUCACGAACAAAAUUAUAGUACUAAAAGAAGAAGUGAGAAAGAUGCUAGUGUUUGUGAAUGAAAAGGCUAUAAAACCCUUGAGAGAAUCUAACUUGAUUGAUUCAAUUCAACGACUGGGAUUAUGCCAUCAUUUUGAGAAUGAGAUAGGAGAAGUAUUGCAACAUAUUCACAAUAACUAUGUUGAAAAUGGUAAAAUAACUCUCGAUGAAGACCUACAUGCUCUUGCUCUUGUCUUUAGGUUGCUGAGACAACAAGGAUAUCAUAUUUCACCCGAUGUGUUUAAGAAGUUCAAGAAUGAGCAAGGGAACUUCAGUGAAACACUUGUUACUGACGUUGAGGGAAUGCUUAGCUUGUACGAAGCUUCACAUCUCAAGAUUCAUGGGGAAGAGAUAUUAGAUGAAGCUCUUGCUUUCACUUCCUCAAACCUUGAGUUCAUCACAACCAAAUUGAGUCCCUCUCUUGUCACAAAAGUGAGUUAUAGCUUAAAGCGUCCAUUUCACAAGAACUUGCCUAGGCUAGUGGCAGCGCAUUACAUUUCGACGUAUAAGGAAGACCCUUCCCAUGAUGCAACUCUACUAUUAUUUGCCAAAUUGGAUUUUAACAAGCUCCAAAAACUACAUCAGAAGGAAGUUGGGGUUAUAUCAAAGUGGUGGAAAGGUUUGGAUUUUGCAACCAAAUUGCCCUUUGCCCGCAAUAGGAUAAUAGAAAUUUACUUCUGGAUAUUGGGAGUGUAUUUCGAGCCCAAGUACUCGUUCGCUAGAAGGCUAAUGACCAAGAUGCUUUCUCUGACUUCAGCAAUUGAUGACAUAUAUGAUGUUUUUGGUACAAUGGAAGAGUUACAACUUUUCACGGAAGCUAUCGAAAGGUGGGAUAUAAGUUGCAUGGAUUUCCUACCAGAAUACAUGAAGUUUUGCUACAAAGCCCUCCUGGAUGUUUAUGAAGAAAUGGAGCAGGAGAUGUCCAAAGAAGGAAGAGAGUUUAGUGUAAUCUAUGCGAAAAAUGAAAUGAAAAGGGUGGUCCAAGCCUACUAUGCUGAAGCGAAAUGGUUCAAUAGCAAUUAUACACCAACAAUGGAAGAGUAUAUGGGAGUUGCAAAGGUAACUUCCGCUUACCGUAUGAUUGCUACAACAUCCUUCGUUGGGAUGGGAUCUAUUGCUACAAAACAGGUCUUCCAAUGGGUAACCAAUGACCCUAAAAUUGUUAAUGCAUCAACAAUUAUUUGCAGACUCAUGGAUGAUAUUGUUUCCAAUGAGUUGGAGCAGAAGAGAGGGCAUGUGGCCUCUGCUAUUGAGUGCUACAUGAAACAACAUGGUGUCUCAAAAGAAGAUGCCAUUAAGGAGCUUUCACUACAAGUGACAAAUGCUUGGAAGGAUAUCAAUGAGGAACUCCUUGACCCUACUGAAGUUCCAAAGCCUCUACUUAUGCGUGUUCUCAACUUGUCACGUGUAAUUGAUGUUCUUUACAAAGAUUCAGAUGGUUACACUCACUCUGGAGAAUCAACAAAGAAAAUUAUUGAAGCUCUUCUCCUUAAUCCAAUAUGAGAAUGGGGCUAGUAAUUAUGUGCAUGCUUUAGGACUGCAACUAAGUCUUGUGGAUUGAGUAAUUUCAAUUUAUCUUUUUAAGAUGUAAUGUUUCAAUUAUAUUGUUAGUGGCUGAAAUCAUGGAAAUAAGGAGUUAGUGCCUCCAAUCAGGGAGAACGGCUCCUAUUAGAGUAUAAUAUAUAGUUAGAUAUGGUUUCUGUUAUGGAGUUAGUUACUCUAGUAAUUAGCUUAGCUGUCAAGUUAGUUAUCUUAGCUGUUAAGCUUAGCUGUCAAAGCUGAGCUGGCAUAACAGAAUUAGUUAGCUUCUUAUGCAAGCUUGUAACUCUCUAUAAAUAGAGAGAUCUUCAAUUGUACUCUUCAGUUUUACAAUCAAUGAAAUUUAGUUAAAUAUUUUCAA